CCUUCCCCUGCGCGGCGAGCCCCGGGUCGGGAGCGCGGCUGUCGAUUUCCCCGCCACCCCGCCCCCCUUCCUCUCCUCCCCACCCCUCCCCGCUGCUGCCCCGUGGAGGAUGAAGCGGCUGCCGUGGCCCCAGCCCCAGCAGCGGCACCGGCGGUGGCUGCGGUGGGGGUGGCCGGAACUGGGGUGGUGAAGGCGCGGCGGCGGCGGCGGCAGGGGCUGGAGGGGCCGCGGGGGCCGGCGGUCGUCCAGCCGCCUCCCCGACGCUUCCCUUUCCCCUCGAGCGCCGCCAGGAAGUUUCUCGCUCCCGUGCAUGUGUGUGUGAGUGAGUGUGGGUGUGUUCGGCGCGGGGCUGGGUGGCGUUGGCGUGCGGGCGCUGGGGAAUUUUUGCCCACUCGGCUUCCCGUAACCCGGGCGGCUCGCGAGCCGGGGCUGUGGCCCGAGGAGGGGGCGCGGCGGCGGGCGCCUUUUGUUGUUGUUUCCUCUGCCUGGGGGAGCUGCCGGGGGCACGCGCCUGGGUGGGGCGGCUCGGAGCCCGGGCCUGCUGGCCCCCGGGGCCGCCGGGCGGGCCGCGCCGGGCACCGGCGAGCGGGCUUCAACAUGAUGGCGGCCGAGGCCGGCAGUGAGGAGGGCGGCCCGGGGACCGGCGGGGCCGUCGGGGGCGGCGCGGCCGCGGGCUCGGCCGCCUACCCGGCGGCGUGUCGGGGGAAGAUCCCCGCGGCGCUGCCCGUGCCGGCCGCCCCCUACGCGGGGCUGGCGGAGGCCGGGCUGGCGGCGACUCUGGCUGGCGGCACCGCCUUGGGCUCGGGGUUCCCGGGCGUCGGGGCAGCCGGGCUGUCAGGGGGAGGGGCCGCCGCUGCGCCCCCCGGGGCGGGCGGGGAGCUGGCCCUGGGCCGGGGGGUCGCCGCGCUGCCGGCCGACACCUUCGGGGCGGGCGGCGGCUUCCCUCCGCUGCCACCGCCCCCUCAGCUGCCGUCCUUGGGCGCGGGCUUGGGGACCGUGGACGAAGGGGACUCCCUGGAUGGACCAGAAUACGAGGAGGAAGAGGUGGCCAUCCCGCUGACCGCGCCUCCCACCAACCAGUGGUAUCAUGGAAAACUUGAUAGAACGAUAGCUGAAGAACGCCUCAGACAGGCAGGGAAGUCUGGCAGUUACCUUAUAAGAGAAAGUGAUCGGAGGCCAGGGUCCUUUGUACUUUCAUUUCUUAGCCAAACAAAUGUUGUCAACCAUUUUAGGAUCAUUGCUAUGUGCGGUGAUUACUACAUUGGUGGGAGACGUUUUUCUUCACUGUCAGAUCUAAUAGGUUAUUACAGUCACGUUUCCUGUUUGCUUAAAGGAGAAAAAUUGCUUUAUCCAGUUGCACCGCCAGAGCCUGUAGAAGAUAGAAGGCGUGUUCGAGCCAUUCUACCUUACACAAAAGUACCAGACACUGAUGAAAUAAGUUUCUUAAAAGGAGAUAUGUUCAUUGUUCAUAAUGAAUUAGAAGAUGGAUGGAUGUGGGUUACAAAUCUAAGAACAGAUGAGCAAGGUCUUAUUGUUGAAGACUUAGUAGAAGAAGUGGGCCGUGAAGAAGAUCCACAUGAAGGCAAAAUAUGGUUCCAUGGGAAGAUUUCCAAACAAGAAGCUUAUAGUUUACUUAUGACAGUUGGCCAAGUUUGCAGUUUCCUUGUGAGACCCUCGGAUAAUACUCCUGGUGACUAUUCACUGUAUUUUCGGACCAAUGAAAAUAUCCAGCGAUUUAAAAUAUGCCCGACCCCAAACAAUCAGUUUAUGAUGGGAGGGCGAUACUAUAAUAGCAUUGGGGACAUCAUAGAUCACUAUCGAAAAGAACAAAUUGUUGAAGGCUAUUAUCUUAAGGAAGCUGUGCCAAUGCAGGAUCAGGAACAAGUACUCAAUGAUACAGUGGAUGGGAAAGAAAUCUAUAAUACAAUUCGCCGUAAAACAAAGGAUGCCUUUUAUAAAAAUAUUGUUAAAAAAGGUUAUCUCCUAAAAAAGGGCAAAGGAAAACGGUGGAAAAAUUUAUAUUUUAUUUUAGAGGGCAGUGAUGCUCAACUUAUUUAUUUUGAAAGUGAAAAACGAGCUACAAAACCCAAAGGAUUAAUAGAUCUCAGUGUAUGUUCUGUCUAUGUUGUUCAUGAUAGUCUUUUUGGCAGGCCCAACUGUUUUCAGAUAGUAGUUCAGCACUUUAGUGAAGAACAUUACAUCUUUUACUUUGCAGGAGAAACUCCAGAACAAGCAGAGGACUGGAUGAAAGGUCUUCAGGCAUUUUGCAAUUUACGGAAAAGUAGUCCAGGAACAUCUAAUAAACGCUUGCGUCAGGUCAGCAGUCUUGUUUUACAUAUUGAGGAAGCCCAUAAACUCCCAGUAAAACAUUUUACUAAUCCGUAUUGUAACAUCUACCUGAAUAGUGUUCAAGUAGCAAAAACUCAUGCAAGAGAAGGGCAAAACCCGGUAUGGUCAGAAGAGUUUGUCUUUGAUGAUCUUCCUCCUGACAUCAACAGGUUUGAGAUAACGCUUAGUAACAAAACAAAGAAAAGCAAAGAUCCUGAUAUCUUAUUUAUGCGCUGCCAGUUGAGCCGGUUGCAGAAAGGGCAUGCUACAGAUGAGUGGUUUCUGCUCAGCUCUCAUAUACCAUUAAAAGGUAUUGAACCAGGAUCUCUGCGUGUCCGAGCACGAUAUUCUAUGGAAAAAAUCAUGCCAGAAGAAGAAUACAGUGAAUUUAAAGAGCUUAUCCUUCAAAAGGAGCUACAUGUAGUCUAUGCUUUAUCACAUGUUUGUGGACAGGACCGAACACUACUGGCUAGCAUCCUACUGAGGAUUUUUCUUCAUGAAAAGCUUGAAUCAUUGUUAUUAUGUACACUAAAUGACAGAGAAAUAAGCAUGGAAGAUGAAGCCACUACCUUAUUUCGAGCUACCACACUUGCAAGUACCUUGAUGGAGCAGUACAUGAAAGCCACUGCUACCCAGUUUGUCCAUCAUGCUUUGAAAGACUCCAUUCUAAAGAUAAUGGAGAGCAAGCAGUCUUGUGAGUUAAGUCCAUCAAAAUUAGAAAAAAAUGAAGACGUGAACACUAAUUUAGCACACCUACUGAACAUACUUUCAGAGCUUGUGGAGAAAAUUUUCAUGGCUUCAGAAAUACUUCCACCGACACUGAGAUAUAUUUAUGGGUGUUUACAGAAAUCUGUUCAGCACAAGUGGCCUGCAAAUACCACCAUGAGAACAAGAGUUGUCAGUGGUUUUGUUUUUCUUCGACUUAUCUGUCCUGCCAUACUGAAUCCACGGAUGUUCAAUAUCAUAUCAGAUUCCCCAUCUCCUAUUGCUGCAAGAACACUGAUAUUAGUGGCUAAGUCUGUGCAAAACUUAGCAAAUCUUGUGGAAUUUGGAGCUAAGGAGCCCUAUAUGGAAGGCGUAAAUCCAUUCAUCAAAAGUAACAAACAUCGUAUGAUCAUGUUUUUAGAUGAACUUGGGAAUGUACCUGAACUUCCAGACACUACUGAGCAUUCUAGAACUGACCUGUCCCGUGAUUUAGCAGCAUUGCAUGAAAUUUGUGUGGCCCACUCCGAUGAACUGCGAACACUUAGUAAUGAGCGUGGUGUACAGCAGCAUGUACUGAAAAAGCUUCUGGCCAUAACAGAACUACUUCAGCAAAAACAAAACCAGUACACAAAAACCAACGAUGUCAGGUAGCAGCCUUCACCAAGUGUUCUGCAUGGAUUUCAGCAUGCCCAACAUGGUAAUUCACAUCAGUAUGUCUCCCCUGCUCUUGCCAAAAAAUAGCACACUUUACCACAUUCCAGUGAUGUGUGAGCUAUGCAAACAAAAGCCCAGAUUCUGCUGGAGAAUAAUGGUGCCAGCAGUGUUGUAAGCUAUCUGUGCAGGAUAUUUGCACUUUUCCACAUACGGAUUCAACAAUCUUUACCAACCUCUGAGCCUUGGUGUACAGAUCACCUUUCGCAAAACAAAAUGCUAUGACUGUAUCUUGAACUUUGAAAAUAUAUUUUCAGUAUAUCCAAUUGCCAAAGUUUUACUGUCUCUUGGAAAAAGAACUAUGAAACCAACUGACAAGAAAAAGCAUUCUCUGUUGAGUAUAACUGGAUUACAGACUGUUCUUACUGUAACUCCUUCCUGAUUAGGAAUAUGACCGUUUGACUGUUCAAUGACUAUUUGUAUUUACAGUUUCCAGAAUUUGCCAUUAUAAUAGGAACAAUCUUUGCUGUACACUUUUUUAAAAAUACUGUGCUAUUUCUCUUGCUGGAACUGUUGAAAGAAAAUAUAUAGAAUGGAUCUAUUUGCUCAUCAGCUUUAUUUUUUAAACAUACCACUUAUUUUGUUGGAAUCAUCAAAGACUGUAUUCAGAUCCCAUAAUAAUGCUUUUGUUAAAUGUUUACACAGUAAAUAGUUUGAAUUCAAUAAAUAUUAUUGGUCUUUGUACUGGUCAGUGCAUGUUACCCAUUCAGCCAUUUUAUGGAUUACCAAUUUUUUUUUAUAAAAAAACCUAGAAUACUUUUUGUUUAAAGUAUUAUUUUGUUUAAAGUAUUCAUUAAUUCCAAGCUGAUUAUUUGAUUAGCUAAACAACCUCAUCAAUCACUUAAUAGCUAUCCAUCUUUGAACUCUGACCACUCAUUGUAUCUGCUGGAUACUUAGUUUGACUGUAUAGUUUCAUUUGCUUCCGUUUGUGUAUUUUUGUGUGAAGGAUUCACAAGAGUUAAGUUAAAAUAAAACCAAGGGAUAUCUUA